AUGUUAAAUUCACGUAUAUGUUAAAUAGAAGGUCUUUUAAUUGAUUCUGAAAUUAAAACAAUUUUUGUUGAGCAGAUAAAAGAUUUAUUCAAAACUAACAUUCCAGAAGUUGAUUUAAUAUUUGAUUUUUUGUAUUUCAGAUAAAGGAUUGCGAAAGAUAAACCUUUACCAGGUUAGGAAUUAUAAAAUAUCUAAUUUUGUACAUAAUUAGGAGAGGGAUUAGGAAAAAGGGAAAAAAUUCUCUAUUUGCUAAUAAUAGUAUUAGGAAGAUAUUUAUACACAAGAAUACUCUUAUAUUUGGAAGUUAAAUAUCCUAAUAUUUACAAAAAAAUAAAAAAAUUGGAAUUCCUUUUUUAACUUUUAAGAUUUGGAUACUCUUUAAAAUUUAUUGCAUAGGGAUAGAUGGUUAAUACUUUAGAAUUAUUUUUGAUAGGAUUUUAAAUAAAAUAAAUAAAAGAAAAUCAAACAAGAGAAUUAGAUUUCGAAUUAUUAAAUAGAACAUUAAUUUGGGGAGUAAUAAAUAAAUUAUUCUAAUCUCUAUUAUUCUCGAGUAGUUAUUUGGUGAAUUAUUGUAAAUAAUUAUUUUUUAUGACAUCAUUUUUGGGUACAUUACAAAAUGGAAAUGAGAAUGGGGCAUGUUUUGUUUGUAAUUCUGCAAUAAAAACAAUGAUUACAAGAUUAGAACCUUGUAAUCAUACUUUUUGUUAUUAUUGUAGUAAAUCUAAGAUCGAUAAAUGUCCUUAAUGUAAUUAAUAAAUUGAAUAAUUUAUUUAUUGA